UGCUGGGUUUCAUCCGGAAUUAUCAGCAGAAGGACGUGCUUCAGAGGAGUCACGCGCUGGUUGUUGACAGGCUGACAUGGAACAUUAAUAUCUACACUGAGAUGUUGGCGUACCAGGUGUGACCAGUUGGAGACUUGUGGUCUGCCGCUGUGGAUGGGAUGUCUAGGUGUGUGUGUACGCGAGUCCUCUCUCAAGUGCGAAGCUGCAGCACACUGGUCCUGCCUCUCUCCCUCAACCAGCCUGUUUUCCACAGACCCCUGCUCUCUCUCCUCUCCUCCUCCUCCUCGUCCUCCUGCUGGCCCAGGCGUCUGCAGCCGGCGCGUCCUCUGUCCUCCCACACGCAUGGAGGUUCUGACAAGGACAAUGACGAUGACAUCCCUUCCCCCAAACAUGACCUGAACUUCCAGUUGGGCCGCCUCCAGAUGGACCAUGUGUUGCGUGCCAACGAGCAGUCGGUGCGCCUGCCGGAGUUCGACGGGCGCGGCGGCCCGAGCCCCGUGCUGAAGUUCGAGAGCAACCAGCUGGGCGCCAACGUGCCGCUGGAGGAUCGCCGGUGUGCCGCCACCUGCUUGCGGACGCGUGGCAUGCUCUUCGGCGUCUUCGACGGGCACGGGGGCCACGCCUGCGCUCAGGCCGUCAGCGAGCGCCUGCCCUACUACGUCGCCACGGCAAUGAUGCCGGAGGCCAGCCUGGAGGACCUGGAGGUCGCCAUGGAGACCGAGCGCCCCGUGCCUCCCAUCCUGCAGUGGUACAAGCACCACAACGACUACAACUACCGCGAGUCGGCCGAGCUGUACGUGCAGCACCUGCGCAUGUUCUGGCAGGAGCUGCUGGACAGCGCGGAGCACGGCGAGGGCCUGAGCCCACCUGAUGCCCUGAGCCACGCCUUCCAGCGCCUGGACUCCGACCUGUCCCUGGAAGCACAGGUGCCUCUGGCCAACGAGCUCAUGCGCAGCACCGCCGUCCAGGCCGCCUUCGCCGGCAGCACCGCCUGCAUGGCCCACGUCACCACAGAGGGCGUGUACGUGGCCAACGUCGGGGACAGCCGCGCCAUCAUGGGGGUGCAGGAUGAGGACGGCAGCUGGAGUGCGGUGCCGCUGUCACGUGACCACACGGCGCUGAACCCCGCCGAGCUGGCGCGCGUGCAGGGGCAGCACCCGCCGGCGGAGCGCGACACGGUGGUGGUGGACGAGCGGCUGCUGGGCAUGCUCAUGCCCCUGCGCGCCUUCGGGGACGUGCGCUUCAAGUGGAGCCGGGAGCUGCAGCAGAGCGUGCUGGAGAGCGGCGCCUCCUGCUGCGACCUGGAGGAACUGCACCUCUUCCAGUACUCCCCGCCCUACUACCUGACGCCUCCCUACCUGGACGCCGUCCCCGAGGUGACCUUCCACCGGCUGCGGCCGCAGGACCACUUCCUCAUCCUGGCGUCCGACGGCCUGUGGGACGAGCUGGGCAACGAGGAGGCGGUGCGGCUGGUGGGGCAGCACCUGACGGGGGUGCACCUGCAGGCACCCGUCUCCGCCCGAGACCGCCAGUUCAGCCUGGGACAGAUGCACCAGCUGUUGCUACGGCGACGCGCUCGGUCAGCGCCGGCAAUGGACCUGAACGUCGCCACGCACCUGAUCCGCCACGCGCUCAGCACCAACGAGUACGGGGAGCUCGACCAGGAGAAGCUGGCGGCCAUGAUGGCUCUCCCCGACGAUCUGGCGCGUAUGUACCGGGACGACAUCACCGUCACUGUGGUCUACUUCAACUCCAACCUGCACAAGUCAGCACAUCACAAAGGCAGUCGCUAAUCCUCCACACACACACACACACACACACCUGUGUAGGGUUGACCUUUGUUACGUCGCACACCACACAUACUCUAUGACCCUUCCUUGCGCAUCCCAACUCAUCUCAUUAAGCAAGUAGCUCAUAACACUGUCACCUUGUUUGGUACAUUAAGUGUGUGACGAGCUCCAGACGUCCUAUGAACCAGGCGGUGUGUUUAUGAAGCCCUGGAAAGGACACCGGUUCUGUUCAGGUCCGUUAACGUGCACAGGCCAGAUGGAGCUGAGUUGCUAGUGAACGUAGCUGAGAUGCUAGUGAAUGUAGCCUGGAGAAGCUCUGGGAAAGAGUAGUGUUUAAUACUGCAGUCCUAUUUCUGUACACCUUUUUUCCUCAUGUGGCUUUAUGUCAGGCUUCAGAAGUCAAGCCUAUAUGCACCUUGUGUUAAUGUGUGUUGAAUGCUCUUUUCUAAACAGAUCAGUUUGGGAAUGUAGGUUUUACAUGCUAGCACCAUGCUAAUACCUGAGUCACUAACGGGGGCUAAGCUCACUGAGGCCUCUGAGGAGGAAGCUCAGUGGGGGAGGGGCACUUCAGAUCUUUUAAAGAUCUUCAUGUGUCCUUUGCACUGCUAAAGUUCCAGCACAAUCACUGAUUGUCUACAAGCCUCUACGCUGCGAAUUCUAACGUCGUACAGGACUCUGAACUCUGCACAUGGUUAACUAUGUAACCUAUCAUUACAGUUGAACCAUGUCACAUGUGAAACUAGUGGAACUAUGUUACAUAUGAACAUGUAUAGAGCUGUUCACAGUUUCAUGUCUGUUACUGCCUCUUGUCUCGGAGAGAAUUCAAAAGAAUAAACAUGUCUGUUACUCAA